UGUGUGUUGCCUGCCUGUCUGUCUGCUGCCAGAGAGGGGAGUCGAGAGCUCUGCUAGGAAACUACAUGGUGUUCAAUUUUUCAAGAUGUCGUCGCUGGAACAGAGGCUGUCGCGAAUCGAGGAGAAGCUAAAGCAGGAGAAUGAAGAAGCUCGCCCGAGAAUCGACCUCAACAUCGACAUGAGUCCACAGCGAUCACGUCCCAGGCCCAUCAUCGUGAUCCAGCUCAGUCCUGCUCCAGCCCCUUCCCAGCGUGCAGCGCUCCAGCUGCCACUCGCCAACGACGGAGGUAGUCGUUCGUCAUCCUCUGAGAGUUCGCCCCAGCACCACACCAAUCCCAGCCGCCCACGACACAUGCUAACCCUGCCCACACCUCCAUAUGACCUUCAGAAGAGUUUAGAGAAUGCAGAGAUUGACCAGAAGCUUCAGGAGAUCAUGAAACAGACAGGAUAUCUGAAGAUUGAUGGUCAGCGGUAUCCAGCAGAGGUGGCAGACCUGUUCAGUGAGGGGGAGAUUGGCAGUGGGACCUGUGGACAGGUCUUCAAAGUACGAUUCAAGAAGACGGGUCAUGUCAUUGCUGUCAAACAAAUGCGUCGCACAGGAAACAAGGAUGAGAACAAAAGGAUUCUUAUGGACCUGGAUGUUGUGCUCAAAAGUCACGAUUGCCCCUACAUUAUACAGUGCUACGGCGCCAUAGUUACUAAUACCGAUGUAUUUAUUGCCAUGGAACUAAUGGGAACAUGUGCAGAGAAGCUAAAGAAGAGAAUCCAAGGCCCCAUCCCAGAGCGGAUCCUAGGAAAGAUGACAGUGGCUAUUGUGAAAGCGCUGCAGUACCUUAAAGAGACACAUGGUGUCAUCCACCGUGACGUCAAACCCUCCAACAUCCUCCUCGAUGCUAAAGGUCAAAUCAAACUUUGCGACUUUGGCAUCAGUGGACGCCUCGUUGACUCCAAAGCCAAGACCCGCAGCGCUGGCUGUGCUGCCUACAUGGCACCUGAAAGAAUAGACCCACCUGAUCCCACUAAACCUGACUAUGACAUCAGAGCAGACGUGUGGAGCCUUGGUAUCUCUCUGGUGGAACUGGCUACUGGACAGGUUCCCUACAAAAACUGUAAGACAGACUUUGAGGUUUUGACCAAAGUGCUGCAGGAAGAUCCUCCACUGCUGCCUCUCAGCAUGGGCUUCUCUCUCGACUUCCAGUCCUUCGUCAAAGACUGCCUUACAAAGGAUCACAGAAAAAGGCCAAAAUAUCACCAGCUGCUGAAACAUAAUUUCAUCCGACGUUAUGAGGUGGUGGAUGUUGACGUGGCCGGUUGGUUUCAGACAGUGAUGGAUCGCACCGAGACACUUCGCAGCAGCCAGUGUUACAGCCAUCAGCACCAGCUCCACUCACUCUUCAGUAGGUAGCCUAGUCCAGAUGAAUGUUAGCUUAGUUACACGCUCGUCUAGUCUAGCCUUAGCUUUGCCAAGCCAAGACUCAGUCUGUUCUAGUCUAGUCCAGCGUCAUCAGCUAAGCCUAGCAUGGGCUGAGUCAGACCACCUGUCCAUCUGUCCACCAGAGGGCCACCUUAGGGGUAAAAAGAAGCAAAGGACACUGUGGAGGGCUCUGAAAGGACAGAUGGAAAGAUGAAGGGAGAGAUGUGUUAUCUUUGACGUGAUGAAAUGAAAACUGGACAGGCAGACGGGGGGAGGAGUGAACAGGAAAAGGCUGACUCUGUAGUCAGUAGCCUUUUUCAUUCACCCUGUUACACAAUAUUACACUGUUUCACCGCAGAAUAUCUAACUUGGCACACACACCUGUUAUUAAUGUGUGUGUGUAUGUCUGUCUGUCUUCUGGGUGUUUUUACAUUAUUUACAUUUAUUUAGACAAGGGUAUCUCUGAAGCAUUUAUCCAGGUCUUUCAAUCAACAGAGUAGUCACUACACACUGGAACAAAGCAUCUGCGAAAUGAUCAACCGUCAAUCACUUGUACAUAAAUGUAAGGGAAGACACAGCAAAGUCGAAUGCAGUGGUGUUUCUUCAGGUGUUUGGACUAUCACUCAUCCUCAGGUUGCAUUAUUGUUUGCGUGUGUGUUAACACGUGUCAUUCCUUUAAGUAAGAUUAUUAAUUUCGUUCUUUAUAUUCAUCACCUUAACACUAACGCACUAACCAGUUAAGGACAAAUAGUAAUAGUCAUUGUGUCUGUCAUAUGUGCUAUUAUAAUUGGAGAAAUGUAAUGAAAAAAAAAGUUUCCAAAAAAAUUAGUGUUUUAUUUUAGUCUCGUAGUUGUAGGAGCUAUUUUAUGCUUUAGUUUUAGUUGGGUUUUUUUUAUAAUGAGCACCGAAAGACAUGAUAGGACUGAAGUGAGUGUCUGUUAAAGGAAAUGCAGUGAAAGGUGAGACUGAUGGCCAAAGUAAUGUUACAGCAAUCAGAGAGAUAGAAGUUUGGAAGUAAAAAAUGACAUGCAAGCAGAGAGCUCUGCAUUGAGAAGAUGUAAAUUCUAGAGAUAAUCCUGUACAAAGUGCAUAAGUGAAGUAGAUUUUACUGGUGGUGAGAUCUUUACUCCACUCCGUGUAUCUACCUCUUCUACUUUGUCCACCUCUCUGUCUGCUGCCGUUGUUUUAGUGUGAUGCACUGCCCCACACUGUUUACACACCAAAGGAUGAGUGUAGUGCUGGUUGUUUCUGGUCGAUGUAAGCUGUUUAGACCUGUGCCUGUGAACAUUUUACAUUCUAUACUCGGGAUAGGCCAUUUGAGGUAUUAGCUAAAAUGCUAAUCAAAGUUAAAAUCACCCUUUGUGGAACUUUAUUAUAAAAUAGUUAAGACAGAACUCUGUCUUAACACAAAACUGUGUGAUUAGCAGAUGUGGCUAAACAUAAUUUACUACUGCCAAAGAGAGCAGCAUUCACUGAGUACGUCCAUAUUUUUGUUUGAGUCAGAUUACACUUCCCCUAUAUGGUAGAAUGAUAAUUAUCUUCUAGUUUCCAUUUAUCCAAAAUGUAUGUACUCAUUGGUAAAACUGGGCCUGUUUAGUUAAACACAAUGCUGCUCUAUAGGCAGGAAUUGAAGAAAGACACAGACGAAGAUUUUCAAAAUCUCUGAGUCACUCUGUAACGUCUUGAUGUAAUUAGCUGGCACAGGUUUUCAGAGAUUGAAUGGGUUGCUUGCCAGCAUUCUGUCAUAGAGUCACAGCCAAAGCAUACUCCCUGUCCACGUUGUUCACCAAACCAAAUCACUGCUAAACACAGAGGUUUAAGGAGUACAUUGAAUGAGACAGGAAACUGUAACGUGGCAUAAAAAAGAGAGAUUGGGAAAUGUUGUCUGAUGGAAAAGGAUAAGUAGAAACGGUAAAGAAGUGGAGAAAGGUCAGGGUGUAUGGAGACAGAGUUUUGAAAGUCGGAUGAGGAAUAGAGAAAAGUCGAGCAUGGUAGAAUAAGAUGGCAUAAGGACAGAGUGUGGAGCUACAUGGGAAGUUUAUUUUUCUGGUUUUCCGCCAACCUAGUGAUUGUGAUUUUAGCAGGAGUUCAUAAAUGUUGAUACACUUUGCAACCAUAUUAUUUAUUACAUGGCUACUGCUGCUACUUUUUUUUAUUGCUUUAGAUGCUGCUGUCACUUUUUUUUUCAUUUUCUUUUAAGCCAAAUAAAUGAAAUAAUGCAAAGUCGACAUUACCAAAUAUUGAGUUGCAAAUGCAAAGGUGGCAAAAGCAAGUUUAGAGUCUGACCAGAAGAGGAAGUGCAGGAAGCAUGACUUCACAAAACUACUACUAACCCACACACACACCCAAUAUAAACAAUUUAAAUGUAGCUCUAUAUGUUACACAAGUAGUAAGUCUUUAUCCAGCAGUCACACUACGACUCUGUACAGUGUAGAUAUAAAUUAAAGGAAACGUCUGUCUGUCCAGGUGCUCUCUAUAACAUCCAUCCGUCCCUCCAUCCGUUUACAGGUCGUCUGCAAGCUUGUCAAUUUUGACAGUUCACACCAAAGGUGUCCACAACUCAAAAACUACGAGCGUUGUUGUUGUUGUUAUUGUUAUGACUAUUGUUAUUGACAUUAUAAAUGAUUACUCUCAGCUAUGAUAUAUAUGAAAUCUCUCUGUAGCUAGUGGCAGAGGGUGUGUGCGUGUGUGUGUGUGUGUAUGUAUGAGUAUGAGUAUGAAAAGGGUGCUGUGUGUCAUGUACUGUUCAGGGGGAGACUGGUGCGCAAACACUACAACCAAGAGCCAAGCAAUAAAAGUCAGCUUUCUGCUCAGUAAGUUGGACUGGCCUGUGUCAGGAAGUUUAGUUUAGACUACUUCAACUGACCUGAACAGAUAAUCCAGACAGGCUAACAGAACACAAUUUGUAUUCCAAGGUCAACAACUAAAAAAAGUUGAUGAAGAAUAACAAGAAUAACACAUGAAAAAUGUUUCUUAUUUUAUUGUUUUAAUGUUUUACAUGCCAUUUUUUUACCAGGCUAUAAGUAAUUUCACUAAAGAUAUUACCCUAAAAUACCUAUGGCCACAAGAGGGCAGUCUCUACUAGACCACUGAAAAUUUGCACUAAAGUAAAUUAAACUGGCGAUGGAGCAGCAGAAAAAAAAAUCUAACUGCUGGAGCUGAUGCUGACAGUUACUCUGACGACAGCUCAGCAGAAGAGGAGACGAUGCUUCGUCUUCCUUCAUUAGAAGCAACACUGAGGGUCAGUUCAGUGAUGGGGAAUAACAUCAAUAGUAUAGUCUGGAAAAUGUGGUCCCAUACAGGUAGUCUUACAGCAACCUGGUUUAGUCUGAUUGAGUACACUAGUACAUUAGUUGUAAUUAGCUCUAUUUGUAAAAGUACAUGAUAACAUACACAUAAAGAUGAAAUCUUACUUUUAAUUCUUACUGUUUCUUAACGUACACAUGGCAAAAUAACUGUACUAACAGAACAACAACAGUAAUAGAAAAAUAAAACUGAAGAGUAGCUAAAGUAAACAAAACAGGAAAUGGACUAAUUCUGCUUUUGAGCAACCGAUGUCUUACCAUAGUUCUUUAUUGGAGAAGUAACAUUAGAAGGGUCACACCUUCAUGAACCCAUCUGGUUUGUCCACUGGAUUUAGCAUACAUUCGUAAAGUUUUGUCAAAACAGGCAAAUUAAGUCCCCGUAGAAGCUAACAGAAAAAAACCCCAGAAAACAUUAACUUCAGGAUACAGGCCUUUGAGCAGAAGAAGUAAAGCAUUGGCACAGCUGUGUUUGCUCAGUAUUUGUGAGAUUCAACAUUGAUGCCAGCACUGACCUGGACAAAAAUCAAAGCCACGGUUUAUAUUCCAGAACAAACAGAGUUGCCUUUUCUGCCCUUGUAAAUAACAGGUGUCAAGGCUAAACAUGGCCUGGAUCUAAUGUAUAUAAGCCUGGAUCUGGUGCCUAGCAUCCCUCAGCUGUGGUGCGUCAUCGGUGCAGUCUGAUAUGUAAACACUCAGAGCGGUGCUGCAACAUUCACUGUCUAAACUCUGUUUCUCUGUAUCAGCUAAAUUGUGUCCAAACAAAAAGCUGGAGCCCGUCUCCCCUGGUGAGGUUUGCUUUCAUUAAACCAAUAUUGUUUUACAAACACACACACACACACAGACAGAUGUCAGCCAGUGACUACGCCUUUGUGAAACUAUUCAUUUUUGGCUCCCAAAGAAUGAACGUUUUGAAAAUGCUCAAGCCGUUCUUGUCAAAAAUGUCAGGACUUCAUUUAGGCCUGAUCAUACAGACUGUACGGCUGUGUCUGGACUCAGUAUCUGUAGUAACUGAGGUGCCCAAAUGCAUUAGCGCCCUCUGUAAUUUGGUUGGUAGUUGCACUGGACUUUGCGUAUGGGUGUGGGCCGCAACAGAAUUGUCCUACAUAGUUCAACUUCUGCUCUUCAACUAAUGGCAGACUUUUGUGUGGCUAAUACAAGAAUUUGUGUAACCAAUAAGCUAUACCAGUGUUUCACAACUUUAGAAAAAUCCAAACAGAAAUGUCACAAAAACUGUUAUGAAAUAUAAUUUUCUCAUAAUUUACUUACUCGUUGUGUAACCUGGUCCUGUUUAGUUGAAUACAAUGCUGAUAUACUCACAGGAAUUGAAGAAUGGCCACAAAUGGCACCGGGCGAGUAGUGUGUGUGUGUGUGUGCGCCUGGGUGCUUGUGUGUGUGUGGUCACCCCAUCUGUAAGUAAACCAAAUAUCAUUUUCACUAUGCAGUCAUUGAACCCAUGUCAGCUUGCUUGAACAGGAGAGAAGCCUCAUGUACAUAGACAGAUAAACUUAAUUUAGCAACAGUGUGUUUUUGUUUCAGCGCCCUCUGCCUGCCCACAGCUAGUUCACAGAGUGGAAAACGCAAGAUAUAAUUUUUGAAUGAGCUGACAAAUAUUUAAGGAUUGUACUGGGGUUUCGGGGGAGGGAUGAGGGUCACACUAAGUUCUGUAGUGUUGGAGGAGAUACAGAUUAAUGCUGUAAUGUAUAUCAUCAACUGCAUGUUAUUGUCACCGCUGUAACUACCAUGGUUUUGUUGUUUUGGUUUUUCUUUCGACGCAACAGUCAGUUGGCUUGGGGAUGCACAAAAAUUUAUUCUUAUUUAUGAUUUUUACACAUAUAGACGGUAUUUUUUUGUUUUUGAAAAAAUUGUGACUUUAUUGUGUUCUUAGUAGACACACACUUUUGCCUCUUUUUUCUUCUUAAAAUUUGCAUAUACGUUUUCCAUUAUUGUAUAUUAAAAAUCGAUGUGCUCCGCAGGUUGCAAACUAAAGUUGCCUGGUGGUAGAGCAAAAGAUCUUCAGUAAAUCAGACUACUUAGUACACCAUCUCCAACAUGAGUGAACAUGUUCUCAUAGAGACUGUUGUAUGAGAGUCCUCCUCUAAUAGAACACAAUGUCAGUGUCAAAGACUUGAGUCUUAUUUAGAGGAAAAUAGAAGAGUGGUUAGUGCUUUACUUCUAAAACCAGGGUAAGGAAUUCCCCGUCACCAAUGUGGUUUAACUUUUGCAACCAAAAGAUAACAUCCAUUUUUUAUAUACUGUCUACGCCUGAGAUUGGAAGACGUCGAGGUGAAGCUGUAUCGUCAUUAGCAGACGGUGUUUGUUAAAAACAAACGUCCUGUUUCCCCCCUCACCCAUGUGACCCGUGUCUUCUCUUUUCAUUCAGCCGUGUGAGCGAGCAAAGAAGUGUGAUGUUUAUUUGUCUACCAAAAGUCUUUACAAUAUGGUAAUUAUUAUUAUUAUUAUUAUUAGCUUUUAUUUUUGUCCAUUGUUUUGUUUUGAUUAUGAUUACUUUUAUUUUUGUGGGUUUUUUUUUUUUUUAUUGUUGUUAUAAUUCAGGGCAAGGACAACACCAAAUUGAACAAAAUGACAUGGUUGAUCCCAGGUUUCUUUGACGGGCGAGGUGGAUCGAGGUCACUCACCAUCACGCUGUAAUGUCUGUCCGCCACAUAAAGACAACCUCUGAACUGAGAAUCUGAUAGUAUUUUUUAAUUCUAAUUAUUAUUGUUAUAAUGUUUUCUCUCUGAUCAGUUAUCACGAUCAGUUGAUUUCUUGUUAUCCCAGUUAGGGUCUAUAAUGUGUGCUGUUAUUUUAUGCCCACACCCACGCCCCUCCUUUAAUCCCUUCUCACUACUUUUAAAUUUUAUUUUAUUUUUUUAAAUUUAUGAUUAUUUUUGUACUCUUCCUGGUUGUUCUGAUGCUGUAGUGUUGAGCUGGUCGGUCUAAUACCAGAGCUUUUUUUUUUUUUUUUUUCCUUCCCUAAUGCUGAGACUGUCGUGGCUGAUGUUGCACUUGUGAUGGGUUUUAUUUUUGUGUGUGUUUGUUUGGUUUUGUGUUGCAGAUGUUAGAUUGUUGUGCAGAAAGGAGAAUGUCGGGUGCUUUCCUUAUUUUUCUUAGUCACAGCAGUUAUUUUACCAAUCGUGUAAAUCUGUGACACAGAACAAGAAAAUAAUUCAACAGUGUAUUUUUAUCACUGAUAUUUAUUUAUUGGUCAUUUGUAUGAUUUUUUUUCUUUGGUUUGUUUAUUUUUUUAUGGUUAUUGCUUUUUUUAUGUGGAGGGCAAACAGACCUGGAGGCAUGCUCACCUAAUGACAAUAAUUGUAACUUUGCAGUAGAAAUCUGCUGCUGAUGACCUCCGUCUUUAUGGUCUGACAAAAACAUCCAACCGUUAAUGUUUUAAAUCACCAUCCUGAUGUAUUUGAUAAAAGAAAAAACUCAUCGAUGUUUUUAUCCAGUAAAUCCUGAAUGCUGCCACAAAGCAGGCUGUUUUUCCUUUUUUAAGGUUUUGGUUUUUUAGGCUUUUCCUAUUUGAGCUGAUGAUAACAACUCUGAUAGCAAACUGAAUGGCUUGUUUUUACUUACACUCCGUUAGCUUUUUUGGGACACAUUUGUUGUUUGGUUUUCAUGCGAUGCAGAGCUGGGUGUGGAUUAAGAAAGUUUGCUGGUUUGCAGCAGGUGGUUGUGGGACUGACCUGAUUCACUGCUGAUGAUAAGUUUCUUGUGUAUGUUUAACACCACAGAUCUAUUGUCUCUGACAGUUGUAUUAGUCAACACAGCUUUAAUGCUCGUUUUAAAUCCAUGUGUUUGUUUUUGGUUUAUUUUAUUUUAAAUUUUUAUUUUCCUGGCUGUAUUGUUUUUUUUCCGCCCCACUCCCCUGUGUCAUUUCAAACAGAUUAAAUGCCAUUAUAUUGUGAAUACCUCAGGAUUUUUUGGAGAAAAAAAAAACACUUAAAAAUCAAACAAAUAAAUAAAUAAAAACUCAUAAAAAUCUA